GUAACUUUGUCAUGUUGUUUGACAUUAAGCAACAGGUGAAUCAUGCACAUGUCUUUACUGAGUGUGGUUUUACUAAUAAUGAUUUCCAAAGUUUACAGUAACAAAAUAAACUUUGAUAUGCAGGACCCAAAUCACUUUGGGAGAUAUAAUUUAAACUUCACAAGAUUUGAGUUGUGCAGUGGACUCAAGUCCAAAAAUUUGACCAAAAUCGAUAUAGCACUAAUUCCUGAUAAGAAUACAUCUUAUGGUCAUUACAAUUUUACAUUUCUUGGACCAACCCUUUUGGAAGAGGUGAAAAUCGUGGUGUAUUCAAUGAAAAAUGGAAAAAUAAAUAGCGUUCUUUGGACAUAUAAGUUAAAGGAUCCAUGCAAACAUUAUGCUUUGGCCGCAGGAAUAAAUGCUUAUCUGAAAGCAUCAAGAAACUGUGUUGUAAGCAAGGGAACAUAUGUUUGGGAUAAGAGAGUCGAAGAACUUUACGAACCAUUUUUCGGGACCUCGUUCUUUUAUGGUGAAUACCUUUUGAAAGCACAAGUACUUUCAAAAAAAGGGAACGUCUUGUGUAUGUAUGUGGGUCUGUGGUUCACCAAGAAGUCAGGAUCAAAAACUUGACACACAAAUUCUAUUUCAGACUAUCUGACCUGAUGAACUUCGUACAGCAUAAAAUUAUCGUUUUUCUGUAUUAAAUUACAUAUUAAAAUUGUUUUAAUUUUUCGUUGUUCAUUUGAGAGGAGUACGUAUUUUUUCUUUCAUCACCUCACCCAAUCGAUUUAG